UUGGUGCGCUACCCGCUGCCAUGGGUAUAUAUAUCAACAUACAUUCUUGAGAGAGAGGUUUACCCUUUUGCGGGAUUCUGUUGAGGUGUUGGGUUGCCUCGGGGACAUGUCCCUCCUCCCGCCCUUAAGGCCUCCGUCGUCGUCAGGGUGGGAGGAGCUGCCCCCUGCCGCCCACCGCAUCCUGCACUCCCUUAGCACGUGCACCUCUCCCUCCCACCUCCCCCGCAUCCUGGCCCAGAUCCUCCUCCACCGUCUCCACCCCAACACCACCAUCGCCUCCGCCUUCGUCAACGCCUGCCUCGCCCUCCGCCGCCUCUCCCCCGCCCUCUCCCUCUUCUCCCGCCUCCGCCGCCCCCACGUCUUCCUCUGCAACACCCUCCUCCGCGCCGCCCUCCUGGUCCCCUCCUCUUGCGCCGCUCCGCCGCCCCUCCUAAUCCUCUCCCACAUGCUCCGCUCCUCCGUCGCCCCCAACAACUACACCCUCCCCCUCGUCCUCAAGUCCCUUCCCGACCUCCCCGGGGGCCGCAUGAUCCACGCCUUCGCCCUCAGGUCUGGCCUCGCCUCCGACCACUACGUCCGCAACUCCCUCCUCCACCUCUACGGAGGCCGCGGCGACAUGCCCUCCUGCGAGCGCCUGUUCGACGAAAUGCCCGCCCGCGAGGUCGUCGCCUGGACCACCCUCAUCGCCUGCUACACCAACUGCCGCCGCCCCGGCGACGCCCUGAUCGCCUUCGAGCGCAUGCAGUACGCCGGUGUCGCGCCCAACCGCGUCACCAUGGUCAACGCCCUGGGUGCGUGCGCCGCCCACGGGACGCUCGACAUGGGCGUCUGGAUCCACGACUACGUGAGGAGCCGCGGCUGGGAGCUGGACGUCGUCCUGGGCACCUCGCUAAUCGACAUGUACGGCAAGUGCGGGAGGAUCGACGCCGGCAUCGGCGUCUUCUCCAGCAUGGCCGAGAGGGACGUGUACACCUGGAAUUCCCUCAUCAUGGGGCUCGCGCUGGCCAAGAGCGGCGAGGAGGCCUUGUCGUGGUUCUCCAGGAUGGAAGGCGAGGGCGUCAAUCCCAACGCCAUCACCCUGCUCGGCGUCCUGUGCGCCUGCAGCCACGCGGGCCUAGUGGAAGCGGGCCGGCGGGUAUUUGAUUCCCUGUUGCGGGGAAGCUACGGGUUCCGCCCGGAGAUCAGGCAUUACGGGUGCAUGGUGGAUCUCCUGGGACGCGCCGGCUUCCUCGGCGCAGCCGUCGAGCUCAUAGAGACAAUGCCGUUCGCGCCCAAUGCGGUCAUCUGGGGAUCGCUCAUGCACGCCUCUCGAACUCGCGGGGAGUUGAGCUUCGGCGAGCUGGCGGCGAGGAAGCUGGUGGAGUUGGAGCCGACGAACGUGGCUUACCACGUGGUCCUGGCGAAUCUGUACGCGGAGAUGGGGAGGUGGAGGGAAGCGGAGGAGGUGCGGAGGCUGGUGAAGGAGGGCGGACUGAGGAAGGAUGCGGGUUGGAGCUUCGCGGAACGUGUGGGGUAGAGUGGAUCGCUCAAGGUGUUCGCCAUAAGUCCUUGGGCGAAGGUGGCGGACGAAGUAGGGGGUGUGGCGAUCGGAGAGAGCAGGGAGGACGGGGAUGCCGCAUAAGGGAACAAGGCGGAGGCCUCCGAAGGGGUGGGGGGUGAAAGCAGAGGGAAGCCAA